CCGCCCGCCCGCCCGCGCCGGGCCCGCCGCGCCUCUGCCCUCGCCCGCGGGGCGCCGCCGGUGAUAUGACCAGUUCCCGCCAUUACGCAGAACCAUGGCAGCCGCUUACCUUGACCCGAACUUGAACCACACGCCCAACUCCAGCACCAAGACCCACCUGAACGUGGGGGCCGAGCGCUCCCCGGGAGCCAUGGAGCGGGUGCUCAAGGUUUUCCACUACUUUGAGAGCAGCAGCGAGCCCACCACGUGGGCCAGCAUCAUCCGCCACGGAGACGCCACUGACGUCAGGGGCAUCAUUCAGAAGAUUGUGGAUAGUCACAAGGUGAAGCAUGUGGCCUGCUACGGAUUCCGCUUGCGCCACCUGCGCUCUGAGGAGACUCACUGGCUGCACCUGGACAUGGGUGUGGCCAGCGCACGGGAGAAGUACGAGCUGGCACAUCCGCCCGAAGAGUGGAGGUAUGAAUUGAGAAUUCGUUACUUGCCAAAAGGAUUCCUAAACCAGUUUACUGAAGACAAGCCGACUCUAAAUUUCUUCUAUCAGCAGGUAAAGAGCGAUUACAUGUCGGAGAUGGCUGACCAAGUGGACCAGGAAAUUGCUUUGAAAUUGGGUUGUCUCGAAAUACGGCGAUCAUACUGGGAGAUGCGAGGCAAUGCCCUGGAGAAGAAAUCGAACUACGAAGUGCUAGAGAAGGAUGUGGGUUUGAAGCGGUUUUUCCCUAAGAGUUUACUGGAUUCUGUCAAGGCCAAAACACUAAGAAAACUUAUCCAGCAAACGUUCCGACAGUUCGCUAACCUGAACCGGGAAGAAAGUAUCCUCAAGUUCUUUGAGAUUCUGUCUCCCGUAUACAGAUUUGACAAGGAGUACUUCAAGUGUGCGCUGGGGUCAAGCUGGAUUAUUUCGGUGGAACUGGCCAUUGGCCCUGAGGAAGGCAUCAGUUACCUCACAGACAAGGGCUGCAAUCCCACUCAUCUGGCUGACUUCCACCAAGUGCAGACCAUUCAGUACUCCAAUAGUGAGGACAAGGACCGGAAGGGGAUGCUGCAACUGAAGAUCGCGGGUGCCCCCGAGCCCUUGACUGUGACCGCGCCGUCCCUCACCAUCGCGGAGAACAUGGCCGACCUGAUCGACGGCUACUGCCGGCUGGUGAGCGGCACCGCACAGUCCUUCAUCAUCCGGCCGCAGAAAGAAGGUGAGCGGGCUUUGCCAUCGAUACCAAAGUUAGCCAAUAGCGAGAAACAGGGUGUGCGGACACACGCCGUCUCUGUGUCAGGAAUCAGUCACUGCCAGCACAGAGCUAAGAGGGCUAGGCGCUUCUUCCCCCUGGUCUUCUGCUCCCACGAGCCUCCUUCCGCCGAUGAAAUUAGUGGGGACGAGACGGACGAUUAUGCUGAGAUCAUAGAUGAAGAGGACACCUACACCAUGCCUUCAAAAAGCUAUGGAAUAGAUGAAGCCAGGGACUAUGAGAUUCAAAGAGACAGAAUAGAGCUUGGCCGGUGUAUUGGAGAAGGCCAGUUUGGAGAUGUCCACCAAGGCGUGUACAUGAGCCCAGAGAAUCCUGCCUUGGCGGUUGCCAUCAAAACAUGUAAAAACUGUACUUCAGACAGCGUCAGAGAGAAAUUCCUUCAGGAAGCCCUAACCAUGCGGCAGUUUGACCACCCGCACAUCGUGAAGCUGAUCGGCGUCAUCACCGAGAACCCUGUGUGGAUCAUCAUGGAGCUUUGCACACUCGGAGAGCUAAGGUCAUUCUUGCAAGUGAGGAAGUACAGCCUCGACCUGGCCUCUUUGAUCCUGUACGCGUACCAGCUGAGCACAGCACUGGCCUAUCUGGAGAGCAAGAGAUUCGUGCACAGGGACAUUGCUGCUCGGAAUGUUCUGGUGUCCUCCGGUGACUGUGUGAAAUUAGGGGACUUUGGGCUGUCCCGCUAUAUGGAAGACAGCACGUACUACAAAGCUUCCAAAGGGAAACUACCUAUCAAGUGGAUGGCACCUGAGUCCAUCAACUUCCGGCGUUUCACCUCGGCCAGCGAUGUGUGGAUGUUCGGUGUGUGUAUGUGGGAGAUACUCAUGCAUGGUGUGAAGCCUUUUCAAGGAGUGAAGAACAAUGAUGUGAUCGGGCGGAUUGAGAAUGGGGAAAGAUUGCCAAUGCCUCCAAAUUGUCCUCCUACCCUCUACAGCCUUAUGACGAAAUGCUGGGCCUAUGACCCCAGCAGGCGGCCCCGGUUCACUGAGCUCAAAGCUCAGCUCAGUGCCAUCCUGGAGGAGGAGAAGGUACAGCAAGAGGAACGGAUAAGGAUGGAGUCCAGGCGGCAGGUCAUGGUGUCCUGGGACUCCACUGGGCCUGACGAGGCACCACCCAAGCCCAGCAGACCCGGCUAUCCCAGCCCCCGAUCCAGCGAGGGCUUUUACCCCAGCCCACAGCACAUGGUACAAGCCAAUCAUUACCAGGUUUCAGCCUACCAAGGCCCCCAUGGGGUCACGGCCACGACUGGAAGCAUCUACCCUGGGCAGGCCUCGCUCCUGGACCACACAGACGCCUGGAACCACAGAUCUCAGGAGGUGUCCUUAUGGCGGCCCACUGCAGAGGACUCUGCCGCCCUGGACCUGCGUGGGAUUGGCCAGGUACUACCAGCACACCUCAUGGAGGAGCGACUGAUCCGGCAGCAGCAGGAGAUGGAGGAGGACCAGCGCUGGCUGGAGAAGGAGGAGCGCUGCCUGAAACCAGAUGUGAGGUUGUCGAAAGGCAGCAUGGACAGAGAGGAUUGUGGUCUGCAAGGCUCGACUGGAAACCAGCACAUCUACCAGCCUGUAGGGAAACCGGACCCUGCAGCUCCACCAAAGAAGCCACCGCGGCCUGGAGCCCCUGGUCACCUCGGCAGCCUUGCUAGCCUCAGCAGCCCUGGAGACAGCUACAACGAGGGCAUCAAGCUCCAGCCCCAGGAGAUCAGCCCCCCACCCACUGCCAACCUGGACCGGUCCAAUGACAAGGUAUACGAGAACGUGACAGGACUGGUGAAGGCUGUCAUCGAGAUGUCCAGCAAGAUCCAGCCCGCGUCCCCCGAGGAGUAUGUGCCCAUGGUGAAGGAAGUGGGCCUGGCCCUGAGGACACUGUUGGCGACUGUGGAUGAAACUAUCCCCGCACUGCCCGCCAGCACUCACCGAGAGAUCGAGAUGGCCCAGAAGCUGCUGAACUCGGACCUGGGCGAGCUCAUCAACAAGAUGAAGCUGGCCCAGCAGUACGUCAUGACCAGCCUCCAGCAGGAGUACAAGAAGCAGAUGCUCACGGCAGCCCAUGCCCUGGCUGUGGACGCCAAGAACUUGCUGGACGUCAUCGACCAAGCGAGACUGAAGAUGCUCGGGCAGCCCCGGCCACGCUGAGCCGCCCUCCGCCUGCGAGCUCCCACCUCGUCCCACCAGCACCAGCCGCCGCCACGGCAGCGGGUCGGCGUCUCCUCGCCCACCGCUUCGACCCUCUUGAUCGGGCCCUGGGGUCUUGGAGUCGAAGCUCAGAGUCAGCCGGAGACUGCGGGGAAGUGUCCGGAAUGCUUCGGCCCUCAGUGCCCUCAGGCCCACAGGAGCCUCUGGAAAUGCUCGCGCUGGGUGCCACCUUCCCGCACAGUGUGGUGCGCGCGGGGCCAGAGAUGAAAUGGAGGCUCCGGGACACGAGGGGCUCAGGGCUUUCCAGACCAUGGGGCACUGGGGGGAUCCCAGCCAUAAGAGGUCAGGCCCAUUUGGCUCCUGCAGGUCGGAACCCACCGCCACGCGGCCCCCACGGACUUGCUCUUUCAGAAUCCCCGGGAUCAUGUGCCAGAUUUUUGUAGCGCCGCCGUUCCCCUUGGAAGCAGACAUGCUUUGUACCAGAGCACCUCCACACUGCACUGAGAACUUCCGGAACCAUCCCUGUCUCCCUUUUUCUACAUAAUUUAUAAAGCAAGAUGAAAGCCAUGUUGACUCUCCCAGCGCUGGAGCGAGCACAGCCUCUUGGGGCGCAGGGAGUUGAGUUCCUUUUGAUGUCGGUUACUCUACCAUCAGCUCUGUUAAAUAAUCCUCAAGAAUCCGCCCUCCCUUUAGUUUGUUGGGGGAUAUAAAUUAUUCUCAGGAAGAAUCUAAUGAACUGUACAUUUACUUUGACCUAUUAAAGAGGUGUUACAAUAAAGUG